AUGGCAUCCUAUAUCAUCGGAGCACUGUCGAAGAAGGUGCUGAAAGAGUCUGCUGAAAAUCACUUUGGCAAGGAGGAUCCUUACUUCGAAAGUGUCCCAGCUACAAACAUGUUUGGGCAGCAGAAGAUGAAAAAGCGCCGCAGAGCUGCCCCCGAAGGCAUAUCCACUCAUGAUGCAAAGAUACUCACAAAAGUCAAAAGACGAGCAUACAGACUGGACCUCUCUCUAUGCAACUUUUGCGGCAUACGGUUUGGAUGGGGAAGUGUGAUCGGUCUCGUGCCUGCAUUCGGAGACGUUGUCGAUGCCCUCUUUGCCCUGAUGGUUGUCAUGACAUGCAGACAGGUCGAGGGCGGCCUUCCUACAAGCCUUCAAUUGCAAAUGGUGUUCAAUGUCUUUUUUGAUUUCGUUGUUGGAUUAAUCCCCUUUCUCGGCGACCUCCUAGAUGCUCUAUAUAAAUGCAAUACCCGAAAUGCUGUAUUGUUGGAGAGCUAUCUGAAAGAAAAGGGACAAAAUAACUUGGCACGGCUGGAAGAGGGAAACCGAACGGUCGUUACUUCAGGUGGCCGAAGACCGUCAAUGCGUCGCAACAAUACCGAGCCAACAAUGCAUCAUGAUGAACCUCAGAGGCCUUCGCCUACAAGGUUACCCAGGGAAAACCGACGAUCAAACACAUCACGGUCCCAUCGUCGAUAG